AUGUAUGCUUAUAGUUUUUUAUUUUCUACUUUGUUUAUUUUAUCGUUUUUUCAAUAUGUAAAUUCGUGUGAAAAUUUUCUUGUUCAACAUUGUACUGAUAUACCAAUUGGAUUCAAAUCUAUAUCAACAAUUAAAUGUAUUCAACUCAUUCCUAUUCAAUCUGAUCCAUCAUUUAUUUAUUCAGUAGAAAAUUAUAUUAUCUCGAAAGUUAAUAAAUGUUAUAAUAUUGCCUCAUAUAAAUCUUCACAAACAAUACUUUUUUCUAAUGAAUGUCGUGAAAUAUGUCAAGAAGAGUAUUGUCUUCUUUUUGAUAAACAAUCUAAUAAAUCAAUUAUUAAUAUAUUUUAUUCACAAUCAUUAAACUAUGAAGAAAUUAAUUCUAUAACAAAUAAUAUAUUAUCUUAUGAUUAUUUCUUAUUUGAUAAAUGUAGUACAACAAAUCUUACUGAUAAAAUCUUAUUUAUUGUUACUUUUGUACUUGUCGCUAUUAUUGUUAUAUUAACAAUAGCAGUUGUUUUGAAGUAUUAUGUUAGUUACAGAUUAAGAAAAGAUCCAAGUUAUGAUCCAUAUGCUUGGCGAUGGAUAAUUGACUGUCUUUUAUGUCGAAUUCGUCAAGAAAGAAAACUUGAAACAAAUUCAAGUAUGGUAGAAGGUUAUAGUCCAUCAGGAAUUGAUGAAGAUCUAUCUUUUUCAAAAAACAAUCUUAUUAUAUCACUGCCACUACAUACAAUAAUUCAUGAUCCUACGAAUAAUAGUCAGGAACAACGAAAUAAUCAAAGUCACACGAGUCGUUACAGUUCUAAUCAACAGUUUUCUGGUUUUUCAUAUAAAAGUAGUAGUCAAGACCAGCCUGAAGCCGAUAGUACAGAAUAUCGUGGUUUUUACAAUGAUUUAGAUGAUAAUAAUGUUCCAUAUACCAUUGAAAAUCAUAAUCAUAUGCCAUUACCACAUCAGUCUCUGCUUCGUAAAUUAUCAUCUGAAGUUCAUAAUACGUUAGCGUUAAAAUUAAAUGCAACUGGAUACGAGGAAUUAGAAGAAAAACUAUCCCCACCAUUGAUAUUUAGAUUAUGA